AACAACACACAAAAAUGGCAGAAGUUACGUGAUUCUUUUAACACAUAUGUUUAGUGUGUAUACGUAACUGUUGUUUUAUUUUGUUCUUUUUUCCACCUGCGUAGGCAGUGUUGUGUCAGAUUCACGUGGGAAUACGUUCUUGAUAAGGCGAUGGUGGAAACAGAUCAACACACUUGUGACGUCUUUUAAUCAAAGGUAAAUAGGCAUGAUGUGUUUUGUCUUCGUUAAGCCUGUAUGAUAUCUGAUACGAGAGUAUUUGAUAGGAAACUGUUUCAGUGGCCUAGGGAGGUAUUUUAAAGCCAGUACACACUGUUUUAUUUGGACGAUUGAUGACGAUUGAACAAAAUCAAAACAAGAACAAAAACGCCUGCACCUGGUAUAAAAAUAAAUUGAACGCAAAUAAUCUACCUGUCUGCCCGUACUAGAAUGCUCCUAUGCCAUUGUGUUUUCAGAAAACAUUAAUUUGUACGUGUAAUAUUAUCAGCGAUCAAGGACAACAACAACAGCAACAACAAUAACACCAGCAGCAGCAGCUUCUGCAGCAUUAGCAGCAACAACAGCAGCAACAACAAUAUAAAACACCUGGCAAGGUGUGUGCCUAUAAUAACAUUAUCAGCGACCACCACCACAAUCACCACCACCACCACCACCACCACCACCACCAACAACAACAACAACACCACCAUCACCACCAACAACACCAACAAUAUAAAAAAAAACCUGGCAAGGUUUGUGCGUGUAAUAACAUUAUCAGUGAUCACCACCACCAACAUCAACAACAACAACGACGACGACAAAACAACAAUAAUAAUAACAACAGCAGCAGCAGCAUUAGCUGCAGCUGCAACAACAUCAAUUUAAAAACAAACAAAACAAAACAAAACAAAAUAGACAAAACUAGGCGACGUUUAAAACACCAACCAUUGCGGACCCGGCGAAUCACCCCACCCCGCGUCUCCCGUUUUUAACACGGGUCUGCAACGCCAUGGGGGCGUCUCCGCUGAUCAUCCUGAUCGUCAACGCUGGCGUUUUCGGGAUAUUCGCGUCGCUGCUCAUCGUCAUAUCAGCGUCGGUGGACAGCUGGCAGAAGUACAGCUUUAACGAGGGCACGCUCAAAGACAUCAACGACUCCAACCCCAACGUGGACAUCAUCAACGUGUCCGACCACCUCUUCUACAAGGUAACGGAGACGAAGGCCUCGAAGACGAGCAAUGCUACGAAAGUGUACUACGUGUACCCCACCUACAGCGGGAUAUGGAGAUUGUGCGACUAUCUCACAAAUGAAGAACGGGAGCUGACGUCUAAGAAGGAAACGGGUCUGACGAGCAAUAAAUGUUUUGUUUUUGUCAAAGACUACGAUGACAAUCCGGCCAUCUUCAGCAAGGAAGCCAUGCAGAUAGCAAGACUUCAGAACUCGGCAGCGUCGUGUUACCUCGUCGUACUCAUUGAUCUCAUCGCUGCAGGCGUCAUUGGCAUGAUCGGCAUUUUCCGUAAACAGGUGGCCAGUUGUAUGGUCACCGGCGUGCUCUACUGCAUGGCGGCUCUGUUUGGAGUGUUCGGUCUGUCGAUGUUUCACACGAAGAAUUAUUAUGAGAAGUAUGAAUGCUACGCCAUGGAGCUCCUCCCACAAUCCGUCUGUCCAGCGCGUGAAGUCACUAUUGAAUGGGCAAUUCCAUUGGCAUGGGUAGGGGUGAUCUUUUGUGCCCUUGCAUCGGUGCUGUGGUGGAUCGUGGCGCGCGCACUGCGCGUGAUCCUGGCGAAGACAAUGCUAUGACGGUGGGAAAUAAUGUUUUUGUAACACACGCUGUAGAUGCAGUCAGUGUCAGUGUAAGUCAGCUUUUGUUCGUGACUUAUGCUAGCGUGUCGUUAAAAAUACAUUAUAGUCAUUAAAGAGACAUUCCUGAGUUUGCGGCAAUUUUUAAGAUGUUAUCAAUUAACAGACUUUUCGACGACUAUAAUUACGUACGAAAUUACAAAUAUUACAAAUUUUUACAAAUAUUAAGACGACCAGAAACACAUUGAAUAUACAGACAUUGAUAUUCUAAACAAGAAAAUAUAUUUAAUAUGAAAGUGUAAUCGUAGAAAUAUUUUAUUAGUCGGAAACAUCUUACAAUGGAGCAAACUCAGGAAUGCCCCUUUAAGUUUUAAACAUCAAACGAUCCAGCAUACAUUUCUAGUCACUGCGGAUAGCCUAACGCACUUUGUGAUCGACUAUAUAUAUUAUUGCAAUUACGAUGAAUUUAUGGUAAUGACAUUUUGGCGUGUUUUGGAACAGGUAUGUGUGUUUGAUAUGUUAUUGAUAUUGUUAAAAUAAGUCAAGGUAUAGUUGGAAAUAUUUUUUUUUACGAAGAAAACCCCCUUAUGUUGGUAGCCCAGUGGUAAAGUGCUCGCUUGGUGCGCGGUCGGUUUGG